AUGUUGAUACUUUUUGUUUGCGCAGGCAUCCCCUACAGAAGAGGUUAUCUGCUGUACGGCCCCCCAGGAUGUGGGAAAAGCAGCUUUAUCACGGCACUGGCAGGCGAGCUGGGCUACAGCAUCUGUCUGAUGAGUCUGAGUGACAGAAGCCUUUCAGAUGACCGUCUGAACCACCUCCUGAGUGUGGCGCCGCAGCAGAGCAUCAUUCUUCUGGAGGAUGUAGAUGCAGCCUUUGUCAGCCGAGAGCUUCUCCCCACAGAGAACCCUCUUGCCUACCAGGGAAUGGGAAGACUGACCUUCAGUGGCCUGCUUAAUUCUCUGGAUGGAGUGGCUUCAUCUGAGGCCAGAAUAGUUUUUAUGACCACCAACUUUAUUGACAGGUUAGACGCAGCACUGAUCCGACCCGGCCGUGUUGACCUGAAGCAGUACAUUGGGCACUGCACGCAUCGGCAGCUUACACACAUGUUCCGGCGCUUCUACCCAGACGAGCCUGCCUCUGAAGGGGAGCGCUUUGCAGAGCAAGUGUUGGCUGCUCACUCUGAGAUCAGCGCUGCCCAGGUACAAGGACACUUUCUGCUGCACAAAAUGGACCCGGCUGGAUCUAUAGACAAUGUCGCCCAAAUGAAAUGACGACCAGACUGUGAGGCGGUUGGAGACUGAAUGAAGAGCAACGUGAGAAACUUUGGGUUUUACAUUUUCAGUGGGAGUUGUGGUAUUUAUAAGAAUAUGUGCAUUGUUGCCGGUACUCAGAAAACAAAGCAUGUGUUGAUAUAAACCUCUCUCGUCUGCAACCUGUAAUCAGUGGACCACUCUCUGUCCUCGUGCUACAGUCUGUAAGACACGCGUAAACAGAAGUGUCCCCCAGCAGAAGAAGCCCUGCUUACAGGGCCCAAAUUGUUUGGCAGGCUAACAUGGGACAACAACUAAAUCAAAGGUGUUCAUGUUGUCUGGUGUUGCUUAAUGGUUUGUGUCAACACAAAUAAAACAAUGACUUAUUUUUCACCAUGGCUUAAAUGAUGUUGUCAAAUUCAACUGCAACAUACUGUUUUUGGUCAAGACUGAAAUCACAUUUCAACUGCUUUCAUCUAUUACUUAAUAAAUGUUUCAGCUCAUGUCAUCUUUUAUACCUUAA